AUGCCGGAGUUGCACAAUAGAAAGGUUGAUUGUGGUUUUCUAAUUUUUAAUGUAUUGUCCAAAUAUAUGCGACUUCAACCGCGUCCGAAAAAAAUGCUGAUUUGUAUAGAAAAUGGGCAUCAACCCGAGGCCACUCUUGUGUGCAUGUGUCGAAAAUCGUUAGGCAGCGAGAGCAAGCCAUUGUUAUUUUGUUUUUCUUCUUUCAUUUCUUCUUACAUUGCUUUUUGGCUUAUGACCUUGUUUCUGUGCUCGGCUGUUAAAGCUCCAACAGGUUCUGUAGUGAGAAAUCACUUCUUAAGUUUUUGUCAUUGCAAUGAAUCAUACAUGAAAGUAUCCGGAUCUAUUAAGAAGCGAAUUUUAUGUGAUUUAAUAUCAACAACACGCUACAAAGAUUAA